AUGGAGAACGAGAAGGGAGAAAUCGUCGAUCUCUACGUCCCACGCAAGUGCAGUGCUACCAACCGCAUUAUCAAAGCCAAGGACCACGCUUCUGUACAGAUCAGCGUCGGCAAGGUUGACGAGAAUGGCCGCUACACUGGCGAAAACCAGGUCUAUGCUCUUUGUGGAUUCGUACGGGCCAGAGGCGAGAGUGAUGACAGCUUGAACCGUCUUGCUCAGCGCGAUGGUUUCUUGAAGAACGUGUGGAGCGCUAGUGCUCAGCGAUAA